AUGGACGUACCCGCCACUAUUGCCGCGCUCCCAGCGGCGUUGCCGACGCUCCAGCGUAUCCAAGACUGCGCCAACUGGACGCUCACCGUCAAGCCAUUCAUUCCCCAGCUCUUCGAACUCCCGAACCAGGUCCUUGAGAACAUUGCCAGUCCCGCCGGCCUGCGCCAGCUCUACACCGAGACCAACCCUCUGAUCUCUGGCUUUGCCGCCUCUUUGGCAUUGUCCGUCAUUUUUGCCAUCGCCGCCGAAAUCAACCGCAACUACUCCCAGGUCGACCGAGCGUGGAGUCUGCUGCCCAACCUCUACGUCGUUCACCUGGCUGUCUGGGCCAGGCUUGCCGGCAUCGACGCCUCGAGAGUCGAGUUCCUCUGCUCAGCCACUACGCUGUGGAGUGCCCGUCUGACCUUCAACUAUGCUCGCAAGGGUGGCUACAAUGUCGGAAGCGAGGACUAUAGAUGGGAAAUCGUACAGAAAUACGUCCCGCACUGGGUCUUCUUCAUCUUCAACAUUGUCUUCAUCGCCAUCUACCAGAACAUCCUCCUCUUCGCCUUCUCCUGCGCUCCCGCCUACGUCAUUCUCCUGACCACCCAGUUCGAGAAGGAAGUGGGCGCCUCCGACUGGGCGUACUGCGGCAUCAUGCUGGCCCUCGUCCUGUCCGAGUACAUCAGCGACGGCCAGCAGUGGGACUUCCACGCCGCCAAGCACAAGUACCAGAAGAACGCCCAGGUCUCUGGCGGCUUCACCCAGGCCGACCUCGACCGAGGCUUCCUGACCAAGGGCCUCUGGGCCCACUCCCGCCACCCCAACUUUGCCGCCGAGCAGCUUGUCUGGUUCAUGCUGUACCAGUGGAGCUGCUACGCCUCGCGCACCCUGUUCAACUGGUCUUUCGUUGGGUCUGGCUCCCUGAUCCUGUUGUUUCAGGGCUCUACCUGGCUCACCGAGCUCAUCACGACCGGCAAGUACGCCGACUACAAGCACUAUCAGAAGAACGUCGCCAUGUUCCUGCCCACGUCUCUCUCGGGUUACAAGGCGCCACCGCCGACUGCGAACAGCACGUCUGAGAAGCGCAACGGCAAGAAGUGA